UUCAUUAGGUGUCACUUUUCACUCCUCCACUUAGACCGGUACAGUUGAACGCAAAAUGUGAAAACUUACGAGAAAUUGUGUGCAUCCCUUAGUGCAGUGACAAUAUCCCCCACAAAACCAGUGAUAUUUCUUUGACUGGAGGUUAGUUCAAUAAUUUUGAAGGCUGGGAUUAAUUUUAAUGAGGGAUGAGAGGGUGGAAGUGACUGGAGUAUAGGUUAAUAAUUCUACCAGCUGGAAAGGAUUUUGAGGGUCAGAGGAGAGUGAUUGGAUAUUAGCUUGAUAAUCGUGCUUGGUGAGAUUAAUUUUAGUGAGAGACUAGAUGGUGGGAGGAUGAUAUUUAGAGGUUAGUUUGGUAAUUUUGCCAGUUGGUAUUAAUUUUUAGUGAGGGAUGAGGGUGUCAGAAGAAUGUGACUGGAGGUUAGUUUAAUAAUUCUGAGGGUGGGAGGAAAGUAAUAGGGGGUUAGUUUAAUUUUGGUGAUGGAUGAGAGUGUGAGUGGAAAGUGUAGCUGACCACAUAAUUUAUCAAAUAGUACAAGCAUGUACACAUUCUUAAUAAUGUUCCAUGUUAAGAUAUACUAAACAUGAAGUUACUCCACAAUAUAUGAUGGUGUAAAUUACGAAUGGUUAAAGUCGAGACUUGUUUGAUGAUGGCCUGUUUGCUUGCUCCCCUUGGACGUGCGGCAAGUGCAGCAGCGUUCGACCGUUUCUCUAGGGGCAAGCGACACCUCCUGGUGGGGGACUUCAAAUCUGCUGUCGCUGCCUUCGAGGAGGCAACAGAGUCCCUGGUGGAGCUGUGUGGGGAGCAGGCGCCCGAGUGUGGUGACGCGUACUGCCGCUGUGGCCGUGCAUUGCUGGAGCUGGCACGCAAGGAGGCAGGGGUGCUGGGGCCAGAUCUGGAUGGUGCCAGUAGUCAGGAGGGAAGCACAGGGGAAGAGGAGGACGAGGAAGAAGAGAGUUAAGAGUCACAAGAGGAGGAGGAAGGUGGAAAGAAAGAGGAAGGAGAGGAGGAGGAGGAGGAGGAGGAAGAUGGAGAAGGAAAGGAGAAAGAUAAGAAGGAAGGAAAUGCCGCAGAAGGAGAAGAGCAAUAAGAAAUUAGAAUUGACAGAGAAACCAGACAAGGGACUGCAUUUGAAGAAGCACAAGAACCAAGAAAUUACAUCAUUCAAUGAAAUGACAACAUAAUCUAAAAUAGAAAUCAAAAACGUCACAAGACAGAAUAGUGAGCUGCAUGCACUUAUCACUGAGUAUAAAGUCACUCCCUCAGAGGAAAAAGACAAGGAUGGCAUGUCUUCAUGUGAGAACUCAGAAGCUAAAUGUACAGAUACCAAAGGGGAAAUUGCUGGGUCAAGUGGCUACACUGACAUCUGAGGUUAGCAGGUUGGAGAGAGAAACAACAGGAUUGGGAGGAACUGAGCUUUAACAGAAGCUGCAACAACUGCAGGAGGCUCACAGGGUCCUGGAGAGCAGGUUAACUUGCAGCAUGAAGGAGGUGGCUGAGCUAAGUGACAGGAAGUAGCAGCUUAAGCAUGCUGUAGUGCAUGAGGAGACAGAGUCCAUCGGUGUGACUACAUCACCAUCUACCAGUUGCAGCGAGGAGUGAUGAAGCAACAAGCUCGAGAACGCGAGUUAGACCUUGCCAGCCUCCAUCAUGAAUGAGAGGAAAUGAAGCAAAACCACUCUGCAGGAUUUGAUAUCAAAGCUGGUGCAGGAAAAGGAAGCAGAUCAUGACCUUCAGCAGCUCGAGAAGAUAAGCAGCGGUCCUUAAGAGUCCAGUUGCUAUCUUUAGCAGUGUUGGAACCAGUGAGUCUAAGACACCCACCAGCAGUGGAAAGGUGGCUGACGAGCGCCUCAAGCACUCUGAAAAGGUGGAGCAACAACAAGAAACAGAAAAUUGCAUCCAUCAUUCUUUGCCUGAGGAGGGAAUUGAUGCUCUGUUGACCCUUCACACUGAUGUCCCUCAUGAGGAGGCAGAAUAUGAAUCCUACAGAACUUGCCCAUAGAAAGACCAAAAC